AUGACGACAGAGCUUCGGAGAGCUAGAACCCGGCACCCCAUGCUCAGGGGGCCGCGGACGGCGGAGCGGGCGGAGCCUCUGAUAGGCCGCUCCUGGCUCCGGAGCUCCCCCGACACCACGCGGUGUCUCCCCGAGGGAGUCAAGUUUCGGAGCUUUCCCUGGGGGGAGGGGCACCCCUUCUACAGGCGCCCCUCUGUGGCCUUAAAUGGAGGUUUGCUCUCCGCGCUUGCUCUCUGGCACCAUCUGGUGGGCACCCGAGAACAUGGCGAACCACGCCGGUUUAUCCUGGGGAGGGAACUGCGGGCGCUUUCUGACGUCAGAGCCACCCCGUUUACACCCUGUGCGCCCGGCUGGACUCGGAGUUCUCUGGGGAGGGGACUUCUCCUUUAUUGGGCUCCGCCCCCCGCGGCGCCCGGCGCCCAGCGAGGGCUUAGCGGCACUUGUCCGUCGUCUCCCGCGAGAGCCCGGCGCUUACCAGAGAGGGGGCACGGGAAAGGGACUGGGGGGGUUGGUGACGAGGGCAGAGAGUUAGCGGGAAGCUGCUCCCGGCUGCUGGGGCGGCCCCGCCCGCGCCUGACUAAUUUUGGGGCUCCGCCGGCAAAGACCCCGCAGCGGUCUCCACCUCAGCAGCGGCCGCCGCUGGGGGGCGGCCUCCUCCCCGCGGCCCGCGCCGGGCCCCAGGUUCGGUGGGGGGCCCGGCUAAGUGUACACGAAGCCCUCUGGGUGCGCUCUCAUUUAGCCCUAGCAGUGCCGCCGGGCGGGCGGUGCGGGGCCGCCGUCCUCUCCGCUCGCCGCGGAGCCCUGCCCUUGGCCUUGGGACAAGCGGGAUCUGAGCGUGGGCGCCGAGUCAGAGCUUUGGAACGGAGGUGGAGCGGGGCUGCCGUGGCUGGUCCCUGGGAGGGGCUCACCAGGAGAAGCGCACACUUAGGGGGCGGGAAUCCACCCCGGGUGUGGGAUGCUAUCCCGGGGUCUGGCCGUAGGGGGCGCGGUGACAUGGCUGCCCUCCACUCCCGCGCUGGGUCCCCAUCCCAUCACCGCUACGCUAUCCCGCAGCUCCUCAGGCCCGCCUUCCUCCCCGUCAGGAACCGCUGCUUCCUCUCCCCGCGAGGUCUGGGGCCUGACCAGACUCACCCGGAACCCACAUUAAGGAGGGACCCUGGGACUUUUCCAUGCUGCGCGGUGCGCUCCAGCCUUCCCCUUCCCAAAUAACUGACUUUAGCCCGAGCAGCUAAAAUGCAGGGUUUGGCUCUAGGAGAAGCCAGGGCGGGUCAGGCAGCAGGAAGACAAACCUAGUGAAGAGCGUCUCAGCUCACCCAACACCCGACCUCCUCGAGCUGAACCCCUUGACGCUGUGCCUGAGGGCAUCCCAGGCAGAGCCCAGAUCUUCCUGGGGCUUCCUCUGCCACCUGCUCAUCCCAGGGCGGUUUCCUCUUUUACUGAGCACCGGCCCGCUCCACGGUUGGCCUUGUGCCAAGCUCCGCGGGAGGGAUGUUAAGCCCUUACCUGUGCACUCCGUUUUCCAGGCUGCAAAGUUCCCCAAACCGGUCAUUGUCCCACCGGCUCCUCACCCUGGCCUGGGCUGGAACCAGGCAGAGAUGCAUUUACUUCUUAUAAAUGGGGAAUGGGGCCCAGAGAAGAGAAAGGGCCAAGAGGCUGGAGGAUCACAGGCAGGCCUAGAAUUGGGGCUCCUGGAUUUACAGGUAAAAAGAUCCACAGUCUGGAGCAUGGGAGCUGCGGGAGUCUGUCUGUCCAGUCCAUGUGGCAAUGCUGCCCUCAGCAAGAG